GGGGAUGGAGUGCCAUACGCCUUUGUUGAGGCUGCGGUGCGGCCUACUCUAACCAUCCUAAAGGUACGAAACGCGACCGAGCUUUCCUCAGUAGAGACGUGGGUCGAGCUUCUCCGGGAACUGCCUCUCCUCGAACACCUGGAACUUCGAGAUGUACUUUCCGAAUCGCGGCUCUCGCAGGCUGCGCUAUCCGCGAAGCCAGUCGUCCUACGAUCCCUCAAAAUUCUCUCACUCGUAGAGAGCGAAGCUGACGCUGCUCAUGCUCGUCUAAUCAACCAUCUCGCCAUCCCUGGAGACGCGAGGAUACGUUUCUCUGAGGAUCACUCCUGUUCACUAGAGACCGCGCAAUAUGUAUUCGAGUCCCUGGGCUCUAAAACUCGUGGACAGCUUAUUCACCCUAUGUUGACGCAGCCCGCCACGCAUACCAUCGACCUCAGGCUUCGUACAUAUGCUGAAGUCUCCAUCGACAUCUACACCGAACCCGACGUAUUUAUCUGUCAGAGCCUGUCAGAGCCCUGGAAGGUCUCAGAUGGUGUAUCACCGGCCACCACUGUCGCUCUAAGGGGCUGGAACGUGGUCAUCCCUGCGCUGUGUACACACUACCCGCUCGCCGAGCUUCGAGUUCUCCGUCUAACCUCCAAGGAUCCGAUGCAUGGAGCGAUCGAUUGGACUGCUCUGUCCCAGCUCCCUAGCAUCCGGGAAAUGGAGAUUGAGGAUAGUCACUGGUCGGCAGUCGCUGAGCUCUCGGAUUGCCUCGGAGCCCCGCACUCCUUCCCGGCCCUCGAAACUCUCGUCUUUAAUGGCAUCCGAUGGUACAGAACUCAUGGUCUAUCGUUUGGGACUAUCCAGGCACACAAGGACGCGAUUUUCCCCUUGCUCGUGGCUGCGCUGGCCAAGCGACGGACGCAGGGCAGUCCUCUUAAGAGACUUGCGAUCCUCUCUGCGAGGAACCUGAGUGACCCUUGGGCAGGUUACCGGGAAGCUUUGGAAGAGCUAGAGCAGCAGGUUGAGGAGUUGGUGGUGCACCCUCAUAAUUUGGACGAUUCUGAUGGCGCUACUUCCUCCGAAAUUGAGUCAGACGAGUCCGCAGACCUGUAGCUAUCUACUUUAGUAGAGUAUUAGUUCAUAAUCCUGAAAAAGCUUAUUGUACAUACCUUUUCAGUACACUUUACGUCUGAGUCGUCCAAAUAUGUCGGAGCAAAUAACUGCAGCCUCUGAUGACGACAUUUCACGCGGCCGCCACAAAGUCUUCUGUUUCCGCAU